AUGGCGCAUACUAUGGCUCUCGCCGCCGGGGAGCUCAACGCGUUGCCGACGCAGCUCGUGACCGAGGGGAGGGAGUCGGCGGCACGUCUGCACGAUCUCCUGAUCGGAUGCGUACAGGCGACGGCGGCCGGCUCGACGGGCUCGUCGACGCUCUACGACACUGUGGCUCUCGCCGAGCAGAUCCUCCUUUGCUUCGACUGCGCGCUCGCCAAGCUGCACGCCGUCGCCGCCGGCGCGGAGGAGGACGACGCUGCUGCCAGAAGCGGCGGGAAGCGCAAGCCGGAGCGCCGUUCGGCUGGCGCCGCACCGAGUUCCAAAAGGAUCAGGGCGAGCAAUGGUGGAGGAAAUGGAGGAAGGGUUCAGAGGAAAGCCACCAUGGAUGACAACUUCCUAUGGAGGAAGUACGGGCAGAAGGAGAUCAAGAACAGCAAGUACCCGAGGUUCUACUACCGGUGCAGCUACAAGGACGACCAUGGCUGCCCGGCGACGAAGCAGAUCCAGCAGUCGGAAACCGACCCCUCCUUCGACAUCACCUACUUCGGCGAGCACACCUGCCGCCCGGGUAAUGACGACGCCGCCGCCGCGAUCGUUGACUCCAGCGAGGAGCUGUCGGCGGCGCAGCUGGUCAUCAGCUUCGCUAAUUCCAGCGGCGAUGCUUCCGUAUGCUGGCCGUGCUCCGGCGACGACGCCCGGAUCAAAAGCGAUUCAUCGCAGGAUUCGAGCUUGCCGUGCACAGUCAACGUGUAUGAUGAACCGAUCAUGGAGUCAACGCCGCCGGUGCCGGGGCUCCCGGACCUGAAACCCAUGGAUGGGUUCCUCCUGGACGGCGAGAGCUUGUUUGACAUGGAUGAACUCAUCUACUUUCAUGAGCUCUCAGCUGCUCUUGGUCUACUUGAUCGAGACGACGGCGCGCCAGUACAGAGUUAUAGAUAAAAUUUCACCAGCUAUCUGGAUUAGAAUUUUUUUUUCAGGUAUUCGCGAAUUUGCAGUAGUUCUAAUUACGGUUAUUAAUUAUUAAUUAAUCGGGUCAUGUAGAAAUCGCCGGGAAGCAAUGUUGGUUUGUGAAUCAUGAGCACUCACCAGUCACUCAGGCUUCUCAGAUAUAUGAGGUGAUGCAUGUAAUAAUUAAAAUGCUCCUUGAUGAGGAUUAUAUAAUUAACUUAGGCACUUGCACAUUUACGGCAUACCAUUCGAGUUUGAAGUGUCUAGAAGU